AUGCUGCCCGCACUGCAGAUUAACCCUUCCGGCCCCGGGGAUGCUGCUGCUGGAGACACGGUGAGUGCAUUUGAUGCCUUUUUGUCCGCGCAUGCACGUGUGUUAGAGGCGCAGACAGACGGUAGAAGGGCUGGAUGUGAGUGCAGUGAUGAGCUGAGAGUCUGCAGAGGCGGAUGGAGGAGGUUCACGCCACACACGCGCGCCUCGGUCCUCUUCCUCAGUCCUCAUCCUCACGGAGCGUUCUGUGGGCUUCUGUGGAGCUGUCCAGGUGCUGUGGUCCUGAAACACUGGGACCUUCACUGGGACCUGCAGUACAACGCUGUGGUUCCACUCGAAUGCAGCGUCAUGAGCUCAUAG